AUUAUUAAUAAAUCAGUUAUUUGCUAUCUAAACAAAGCAAAUAAACAUUUUCAAGGUUUUUUUUUUCUGUAUAGCGGUAUGCGUUUUCUCAUUUAACCGACUCACAACAAACAGUUGGGAAUAAAGGGUUUCAUAAAUUAUGUAUUUACAUUUUUUAUUUAGUGCUCUCGCGUUAUGCUUGCUGAAUUAUUUAUUGGGCGCAUACAAAUCAUACAAAAUGGCCGACACAAACCACCACCAAUACAAGCUGCUCUACUUCGAUACGCCAGGCAGGGCCGAACAUAUCCGUUACAUCUUUGCGUACGCGGGGGUGGACUACGAAGACUUUCGGAUUCAAAAAGAAAAAUGGCCCGAACUGAAGAAAACAACUCCGUUCGGUAAAGUACCAGUACUGGAAAUCGACGGUAAACCAGUGGCCCAAAGCAACUCGAUCGCGCGAUAUUUGGCCAAGAAGUUCGGUCUGGGCGGCAAAGACGAGUGGGAGUCGUUACAGUGCGACGUUUUGGUCGAUACGCUGGGGGAUCUUCAGGCCAGCGUGAUGCAAGUGAUGAAGGAACCCGACCCGAUCAAAAGGGAAGAAAUACGUGCCCGGGUGACCAAGGAGGAACUCCCCUUCUACUUGUCGAAAUUUGAAAAAAUUGUUAAGGAUAAUGGCGGGUAUUCGGUGGGAAAUGACGUUACUUGGUCAGACUUGGUAUUCGCGGUACUGCUGGACCAGUUCGAGUCGAUGUACGGCAAAACGGCCCUCAACGGGUACCCGUCGCUGAAAAACCUAAAAGAGAAAAUCCACAACGUUCCAGGGGUGAAAAACUACUUGGAAAAACGGCCGCCCCGCUCCCCUUUACCCAGACAGUAAAUUCAUAAAAAAGGCGAUUUAUAAACGACGUUCGCAGUUCGGCAUAUGUGACGUCCGAACCUGAACGGCCCUUAUAAAUCCCCCUUAAUACAUUAAACAUUGUCGCUGUUAGAGCAGUACGUUGUGAUAGUACCAUGUAAUCACUAUAUAUGGAAUCAGUUCAUUGUGCAAAUCGGUAUUAUGAUUAUAUAUUUUUUGUAGAUGUGACGUUUGAUUUAUUAUAUAGAUUAUAUGUAUAUGUCAGAAA